AAACUUUUGAAAUUUGAAACUUUACUUUGACACAUGUUGUUAAGAAUAAAUAAAUUACAUAAAAUAACUUGCCAUUUUAUAUCGGUUAUUUUAGAUAAAUUAAAAAAUAUGAGUGCGACUAAAAAAUCAGUGCCCAUUAUUAUCAAAUUAGAUAUCGGAGACCAGUUAACAUCCAUCUCAUGUGGACAUAUCGUCGUUGAGUUGAUAAAGUUUAUAGCGUAUCAAAGACUUCAAAUACCUUAUAGUUAUCAAUGGCUUAAACAGGUUGUAAAUAAGAAAAGACAAUGCACAGAGGCAAAAGAUACGUUCCAGUCUGAAAAACAUUUUCACGUGGCUUCUAGUGCUUUGGAAAAUUUAGAUUUUAUAAUUAAGAGUCUGUUGAAGGAGAUAGAUGGACCAAGUGUGCCCGAAGAAGUUUGCAUUGCUCUGGGCGGUACACCAGUCACAAGUAAGGAGGUUUACCGCCUCCUUCUACCAAGCUAUUGUCAUAAGUCACAGUGCCAUUCCAAGUAUAUAGCAUCAGAUCAAAAGAUUCAAAUGAAUGUGUUUAGGACCUUGGUUACAUCAGAUGUAUUGAGCAAUGUUUUUCAAAAUACAUUGCCUCCGACAAACUUGCAUGUGUUGUUAAAGAAGAAGAUUAGUACAUGUGAUGUAGUGUGCACUGACAGUUUUGUCUUAUCUAAUGGGUAUAGGUUACCACGGAGUGCUAAAGUUGUUGUUAUAGAUUUUAGAACUGACAGUCAUGAAAAUCUUUCGUGUUGCAAUAACUUUUCUGUUUUCGAAGAAGUUAUUAGUAAAAAUAUGACUGACUUAAAAAUUUGUGAUAAUGAAAAUGAUGAAGAUUUUAGUGAAAUAGAAUCGAGCAGUACAAUGACUUGGUACCAGUCCUGUUAUGUUAUGAAAGGAUUUAGAGAUUGUAUUGUUAGUGGCAGUUCUAUCACAAAUAAAUGGCUACAUUUGUGAUAUAAUUUUACAUUUUUAAUUGAAUUUCAUUAUGCUAUGAGGAUUCUGAUUUAGAACAAUUUUUCUAAUAUUUCAAUAUGAGUUUUUAUCCACACUAGUGCUCAAUAUCUAUGCUGUAAAUAAUUUACGACUCCAGAGUUUUUUAGUCAAAAUAUCAAAAAAGAUUUAUUUUACAGAGUUAAUACUUCCUUAUAUUUAAGUUAAAAUUUUAAGCAAAAGGCUUAAUAAUUCUCAUAGGUAAUAUUUAGUACAAUCAUGUGUCAUGCUUAUUUUAUUAUUGCUAUUUGUUGACUAGUGGCUAACAGUUUAACUAAUUGUGCCAUAUUUUUAUUAGUUUUAUGGACUGUAAGUUUAAUUUAGACAAUUUUAUGUUUCAUUUGAUUGCAUAAAUA